AUGGCGUCACUGCUGCGGCGGGCAAAGCCGGGCCCCCCCACUCCUGCAGCUCCGGCACCAACGAAGCCUGCUGCUCCUGCAGCAGCAGCAGCAGCAGCAAAGAAGACGAAGCAACCCCUAACCUUAAAAGAAAGGCAGCAGCAGCAGCAAGCCCUUCGUGAGCGGCUGCUGCAGCAGCAGCAGCAGCAGCACGGGAAGACAUUUGCUGCUCCUAAGCUUAAGACUAAAUUUGUAUCAAAGGUUAAGCAUCCUGUUGCUGCAUUAGAUGCUGCUGCUGCGAAACCAGCAGCAGCAGCAGCAGCAGGAGCAGCAGCAAAGCCUGCAGCAGCAGCAGCAGCAUCAGCAGCAACGCAACAGGAGGCCACCAAGGCAGUACCUGCCGCUACAGCAGCUGCUGCCCCUGCGAAGACAGCAGGUGCAGCAGAACCACCAGCAGCAAAGCCAGCAGCAGCAGCAGCACCAGCAGGGCCCCCGAAGCCGAAGCCUCUAUUGCCUGCUGCUGCUGCUGCUGCAGAUCCUGGUGCAGCAAAGAUUGUAGUGGUACCCAAGGGGCCCCCAGGGGCCCCCAAAGGGGACCUUGGUACCUCUCCCCCACCCCCUAAGGGGCCCCCUUCUCUUACAGUAGCACCAAAGGGGCCCCCAACUCUUGCCAUAAAACCCAAGGGGCCCCCAUCUCUUGCUGCAGUUAAACCCAAGGGGCCCCCAGGGCCCCCCGACACAGCUAAGGAGGCCCCUAAGGAAGCAGGGAAAGCAGGAAGCAAGUUGCCUGCAGCAGGAACAGCAGCAGCAAAGCCAGCAGCAGCAGCAAAGCCAGCAGCAGCAGCAGGAGCAAAGCCAACAGCAACAAAAUUAGUACCUUCAGGAGCAGGAAAGCCAGCAGCAGCAGCAGCAGCAGCAGGAGUAGCAGCAAAGCCAGCAGCACCAAAGAAAAGUCUUGCUGAGUUGCUGGCAGCAGAUAAGGGAGGAGCUGUAUUUAGGAAGGCACAAGAAGAGGAGGGGGCCCCCAAAGGGGGCCCCCCUUCUGCUGCUGCUGUUCGUGGUGGUGUGAGUACUGGGAAGCAGCAGACAGCAGCAGGAGAGACCGAAGCAGCAGCAGCAGCAGCAACAGCAGCAAUAGCUGAAUUUGCUGCUGCAGACCCCCAAACAUUUGCUGCUGCACAUUCUUCUGCUGCAGUUAAGACAGAGAUGUUAACAAAAAUAAAAAAUAAGAUUCCCUCCUUACCUGAUCAACUCUUAUUAACUACAUUAAAAAAAUUCCCUGCUGUUGAGUCUGCCUUUGUCUUAUUGCGAAUAUUCUUGGGGGAGAGAUGGGAGCAGGAACGAGCAGCAGCAGCAGCAAAACCCUCAGCUGUCCGUGCCUUCCUAGAGAAGGCUGAGGCAGCAAAGGCUGCAAAGGAGAAGCCGUCGGGGCCCCCCAAAGCUAAGGAGGCCUCGGGGCCCCCCAAGGCUGAGGAGGGCUCGGGGGCCCCCAAGGGGGCCCCCCAGGGGCCCCCCAAAGCUGAGGAGCAGCAACUAAGUAAGUGUAGCCUAGCAGCAGCCGAGUUGAUAGACGAAUGGAAGAAAUCCAAUUCAACAGAAUUCAAUAAAUCCAUCGGAAAAGAAAUUAUUGAUAAUGAAUUAAAAAAAUUCAAGCAGCAGCAGCAGCAGCAGCAGCAGCAGCAAGGGAAGCAGCAGGAGCAGCAGCAGGAGGAGAAAGGGGAGAAGGAGGCAGUGCAGAAGAAGGAGGAACAGAAGGAGAAGGAGCAACCAAAGCAGCAGCAGCAGCCGGAGAAAAAAGAGGAACCUCAAAAGGACCAGCAGCAAGAAGAGCAACCGCAGCAGCAGCAGCAGCAGCAGCAGCAACAGCAGCAACAGCAGCAGCAGCAGCAAUUAGAUUUUUUACAAUUAUUAACUGGUGGAUUACCUGACACAUUAAAGGAGAAAAUAAAAAAUAAAAAAAUAAAAGAUUUAGAUAAAACAAUAUUAAUAAUGCAAGAUGCAUUAGAUAUGGAGCGUCUGCGGCUGCUGCUGCCGCUGCUGAUACUAAAGAUUCCUUACUUGAAUUUGCUGCUGCUGACGGCACGUAAGCAGCAGGAGCUGGAUGCAGCAGCAGCACAGAAGGUGCAGCAGGAGCAGCAGCAGCAGGAUGCUGCAUCAGCAAAGAAGUCAGCAGGAGGCCGUUUGGCAGCAGCAGCAGCAGCAAAGAAAACAGCAGCAGCAGCAACAACAACCCCUGCAUUCUUAAAGAGGAGUACACCUGGAUUCCUAGCAAGAGCAACAGCAGCAGCAACAACAGCAGCAGCAGCAGCAAAACCUAAAGAAGGGGCAGGCAUGCUGCAGCUACGAAUGUUUGCUGUUGAGGUGCACAGACACCUCAAUCUAUUCCCCCAAUUUCUUACAGUAGGAGCAGCAAAAGGUCUUGUAGGUACCUCAAUACCUCCAUUAGAUUGUCCUUUAUUAUCUGUUCUUCUUCGUAAGACAACAAUAGAGGAGAUAAGAUUAGAUGAAUUAAUAAAUGAGUAUAGAAGAAGAAUAGACGAAGUAACUGCUGAUGAAUUAAGAUGGACAAUUAAUACUAAGUUAUGUACACCUGAUCUUGCUGCACAAUUAUUAUUCUAUUUAUUAAAGACAUUAAAGAAGACAGUAGAGCGUCAUAACGGGAGUCUAAAGAUUUACCGCGUUGAAUAUUUUGUCAAUUUAAUUCAUCAAAUUAAUCAUCGCUUAUGGAUACAAAUUAUUAUACAAUGGGGAGCAGCAGCAGCACACCAGCACCUGCAGCAGCAGCAGCAGCAGCAGCAGCAAAUGCAACAAAUGCAACAACAACAACAUACACAACAACAAAGGUCACUACAUUUUACUCUUGCUGAUCAUUUUACUUGGAUCGCAUAA